CACGUGUCCUACAUGCUGUGGUUAGCCUCGAGCUAGUUUGCUAGUACCAGCGCUAAAAUGGCAACAGAACCGAAACGAACCAAGGUAGAUGACGGCGGCUCACAGCUCGGUCCCCUGGAGACUUUCCUACAGUGGUGCGAUAGAGUGGGUCUGGUACUCAGCAAUAAGGUGUAUGUGAGUAAAGAGGGAACAGUGUCAGAGUAUGGGAUGCUGGCUAAGGACAACAUAGAGGAGGGGGAGGUUUUAUUCACCAUCCCCAGAUCAGCUCUUCUCCACCAGGGGACAACUAAGGUCUCUGCCCUGCUGGAGAAAGAGAAGUCAUCUCUGGAGAGCCCUUCAGGCUGGGUUCCCCUGCUACUGGCUCUGCUGUACGAGUACACAUCCUCACAGUCCCACUGGAAACCCUAUCUCUCUCUGUGGACGGACUUCAAGACACUCGAUCACCCCAUGUUCUGGUCUAAAGAGGAGAGAGGCAGACUGUUGAGGGGAACAGGUAUUCCAGAGGCUGUGGACAGAGACUUGGCUAACAUCCGUAAGGAAUAUACAGACGUGGUCUUGCCUUUCAUCACCCAGCAUCCUGACCUCUGGAACCCCAGCACACACACUCUGGAGCUUUACACACAGCUGGUGGCCUUUGUUAUGGCCUAUAGUUUCCAAGAACCACAGGAAGAGGAGGAGGAGGAGGAUGAUGAUGAAGAGGAGGAUGAGGAUGAGAAGGCCCCCAACCCACCUAUGAUGGUUCCCAUGGCUGAUAUGCUAAACCAUGUGUCCAAUCAUAACGCUAAUCUGGAGUUCACACCGGACAGUCUGAAGAUGGUUUGCGUGCGCCCCAUUCAUAAGGAUGAGGAGGUAUUUAACACCUAUGGGCAGAUGGCCAACUGGCAGCUGCUUCAUAUGUAUGGCUUCACAGAACCGUAUCCAAGCAACAGCAACGACACUGCUGACAUCCCCCACACCAACCUCUAUAAAGUCGCCACACAAGGCAUUCAGUCUGAUUUGGACCGGCAGCUGGUGGAGGAGCAGUGGAAGAUGCUGUGUCAGAUGAUGCAAGAGAAAGGAGCCUUUGUGUUUGGUAAACAGGGCUGCCUUACAGACAUGGAGCUACAUACUGCACUCAAGGUGCUGUGCAUGUCAAAGGAAGAGUUCUCAGAGUUCAAAGAAAAUGAAGGAUGGGAGGAAGAUGACGAGGAAGACGAGAUUUCUCUUGCUUUCUCUAGCGAGGGUCUCCCAGAAUUAAAGGCUUCAUGGAAAAAGCUGAUUCAUGAAGCAGCCCGUCUAACUCUGAGGUCCUAUGGAAACGGGGAGGAGGAGGGGGUCACAGACAGCGACCGGGCACUGAUAGAGAACAAGGUGGCACUUGCUGGACUGAGCACCAGGCAGCAGAAUGCACUGCAGGUACAAUAUGGACAGAAGAGAAUCCUGUACAGACUGAUGGAGCUCACCAAGUCAUGAGUUCAACUGUGACAGGGACCAGGACCAAAGUGGAAGGUCUUUUUUUUAUCCUUAGAAGAAAACCCAUUUACUACAACUUCCCUUUCAAAACAGUCAAUAAAUGUUUUUCCAGAUGACAUUUUCAAGUUCGUUUUGUACUGUUGCUGACAAAAUAUGUGUAUGUUUUGCCACUUCGACAAAGUGUAAUUUGUUCUGGUCUGCAACCACCUUUUUGCUAAAUAUGAAAAUUCAUCUGCAAGGGGAAAACCACUCGGACACAUCCACCUUCAUCUCAGAAAGACAAGUGUCUCCACGUCACAUCUGUCCUCAGACUGGGACAUGGAGUCUACAAAACUCCAAGAUCAACUCAGUCUGUGACAGAACAGUCUCAGUCACUAGAUCAAUUUGCAUCUCAGUGCAGUUUAAAGAAGAAAAAAAACAAACUCAUAUGCAAAAGGGGAAUUUGCUAUAGACAUACAGCAAACAAGCUAAAGAAUUAUUGAAAACAUUUUGUAUAGAAAUUUUUUUUAAAGUUAACCACUGUAGAUAUUGGUUGGUUGUUAACACUGGAUAACCUACAGCUUCAAAACUGUACAUGUUAUUGGCAUUUGAGUUAACAUUUUCUGGUUUUGUAACCAUAGGAGCACUGGCAGGUAAUCCAGUCCUCUGGAUAUACAUGAAGCAGAACAUUUCACAUUUUCCAAUAAAAAAAAGAUAUAAAACCUUCACUCAAUGCAAAUAUUUAAGUAUGACCUGCACCCGACUCUGGAAAUCUGAGUAUUUUAUAUGA